ACAAAACUUGAUACGCCUGCUUGCAACUUAUACCUGAGUCCCAGUGCAACUGAGAGGUCUGAUCAUCUCAAACUUCCCCUGUAAAAGAAAAGAGAAAUGGCCUCCAUCACUGCUUAUACUACAACCUCGUCAGUGGCAUGUGCUGCUCUUAUGCCCAAGGCAUCCAUUGAUCGUCCCGCGUGUGCUCUUGGAUUGCCAGCGAUGACAAAGAUGGGAAAGGUGAGGUGUUCCAUGGAGGGAAAGUCAGGAGCGGAGGAGAACGAGUCAAAGUUGGGGAUGGGUGCAUCCUUGAUUGCUGCAGCAUGUGCUGCAACCAUGUCAGGCCCGGCCGUGGCACUGGUGGAUGAGAGGAUGACCACAGAAGGACUUGGGCUCCCCUUUGGCUUGAGCAACAACCUACUUGUUUGGAUCCUUUUGGGUGUCUUCGCUUUGAUUUGGUCCCUCUACGUUGUGUACGCCAGCACCCUUGAAGAGGACGAGGAGUCUGGAUUGUCUCUAUAAACUCCACAACUCUGGUCUUACCAAAUUUGUGUAAUACUACUUCCAUUUGAUGGUGUUUCUGUAAAACUUUUGUUUGGAUUGGUAUUUAUUUUCCCAAAUAUAUUUGCUUACGUCAU